GAUUUAAUAGUGUUCUGUAAUAAAGUUCCGUACUAGUUUAACUUGUUCAAUCUAAUUGAAGGAUCGCUUGUGAAAAAAGUAUAUACAAAAAUAUGUCACAUAUUUUGCAUUACAAAAUACAAUAAUACUCUCAAUUUUUUUUGACGUGUGUGGGUUUUCUAUCUUAAAAAUAUGACGCAAUUAAUGGUAAACCAGUUGUGGGGUAUAAAAGUGAUCUUGGAGACAUUGCAGUUUCUUAAUUUGUAUUGAACUACACGAUGCUGUUGACAAUUAUACUCGUCGUCGGUUUUGCUGACUGCCAAGCUGCGUUUUUGACGUGUUUUCAUCCGCGGACAAGAAGUUUGGUCUCGUACGACAACGAGAUAUACAUGUGCGCAGAAGGUAUAGUUGUACCAAAAACGACAACGAUACCAACGACAACCCUUCUUUCGUCGCAUACGGCCGCACCUCAACCAAGCAACGCCAUUCUUCCGCCUUUUUUAAAGCGCAUGUGCGAACUUGAUAAAGAUCUGCCAGAAGGUUACAAGUGUUGCGGUUACAUUCCUUUCCAACCGGAUUUUCAAACGUGUUGUGGAAUUACGAUGACGAAAACUGUCGUGCAUUCUGGAAAACCUGACAAGGAUUACACAUGUUGCAGAGAGAAUAUUUCAAGGGCCUUCACAAGAAAUGAUCUACCGUGUUUGUAUCACCCAGCGACCAACGAUAAGUUUUGGAACGCACCUAGAGUAACCAAAUUGUGGAAAUCAAAAAGACUUAUGCAAGAGGCCUGUCGAACGAACACUGCAUAUUUUGGCAAAGUGGAAUUCUUCAACAAAACUUCAAUUAUGAAUUCAGACCUGAACAUUCGUUUAAACGAGCUUGACUUUAAAUCUCCAACUUCACAAAUUCAACAAACGGUAGUGAGCCUGUAUAUCGAAAAGGAUCGCCACAGUCCAAAACCAUCAAAACUUGAUGGGAAAUACUUUUUGAUUGUAACAGAAAGAAAGCAGCCCACAGAAACCCCACCCUACAUUAACGUGAAGAAUGACGCUGUUUAUAAGCUUGCAAAAUCGCGUAAACGUGCAUGGAAGAAAAUACGUCAACUAGUUAAGCAAUGCAAUCGGCUAAGAGGUGCAAAAUAGUUCACACACGCCCAAUCCUAGCUAACGAUGAUUUAAACCGGGGUCCGGAAGCAUAAUAAUAUGGUUGAUGGUACACGAAAUGCUAUUGUGGGUUUCCGGAUGUAUUAUAAAUAAGAUCAGGGUACUCCGACUAUCAUGCGAGAUAAGGAUGAACGAUUUAGAGGUUCGCCUAUAAACACGGGAAGUAAAAGAUACUCAAUCGCUGGGUAGCCGUACGAUGACGCGACAAAAACUCAACAAAGAAUUGAUACUUGUAUUGACAAUAGACCUGUUGUGUUGUAUUGACAAUGGACCUGCUGCGUUGUAUUGACAAUAGAUCUGCUCGUUAUCACGAUGUUAUACUAAAGCUAUAUAUUUCUAAUCCGCUUACAUGUGAUUUAUUUUUUUAUAAUAAUUGUUGAAAGAUU